AUGGGAUUUUCCAGGUUGCUGGGACCAUCUGGGCUCUCGGGACCUUGGACCAGGCCCUGGCCCAGUAGGAUGUCCCCGUGUCCUCCACAGCAGAGCAGGAACAGGGUAACACAGCUACCCAUUCCGGAGCCAGGUGAGAUGGAACUGACUUGGCAGGAGAUCAUGUCCAUCACUGAGCUGCAGGGUCUGAAUGCUCCAAGUGAGCCAUCAUUCGAGCCCCCAGCCCCUGUCCCAUACCCAGGGCCCCCGCCACCUCCAAGUUACUGCCCCUGCUCUAUCCACUCGGAGCCUGGCUUUCCCCUUCCUACACCACCUUAUGAGCUCCCGGCACCCACGUCUCAUGUCCCAGACCCUCCGUACUCCUAUGGUAGCAACAUGACUGUACCAGUCUCCAAGCCACUGACCCUCUCGGGCCUGCUCAGUGACCCCCUCCCAGACCCCUUGGCCCUCCUGGACAUUGGGUUGUCAGCGGGGCCAUCCAAGCCCCAAGAAGACCCAGAAUCUGACUCAGGAUUAUCCCUCAACUAUAGUGACGCUGAAUCUCUUGAGUUGGAGGGGACGGAGGCUGGCCGGCGUCGCAGCGAGUAUGUAGAGAUGUACCCAGUGGAGUACCCCUACUCACUAAUGCCCAACUCCUUGACCCACCCCAACUAUGCCUUGCCACCUGCCGAGACCCCCUUAGCCUUAGAACCCUCCUCGGGCCCUGUGCGGGCCAAGCCCACUGCACGGGGGGAGGCGGGGAGUCGGGAUGAGCGGCGGGCCCUGGCCAUGAAGAUCCCCUUCCCUACGGACAAGAUUGUCAACCUGCCAGUAGACGACUUCAACGAGCUGCUGGCGCGGUACCCGCUGACAGAGAGCCAGCUGGCCCUGGUCCGGGACAUCCGAAGGCGGGGCAAGAACAAGGUGGCCGCCCAGAACUGUCGCAAGAGAAAGCUGGAGACCAUCGUGCAGCUGGAGCGGGAACUGGAGCGGCUGGGCAGCGAGCGGGAGAGGCUUCUCCGGGCCCGAGGCGAGGCCGACCGGACCCUGGAGGUCAUGCGCCAACAGCUGACGGACCUGUACCGUGACAUUUUCCAGCACUUGCGGGAUGAAGCAGGCAACAGCUACUCCCCUGAAGAGUAUGCGCUACACCAGGCUGCUGAUGGGGCCAUCUUCCUGGUGCCCCGGGGGACCAAGAUGGAGGCCACAGACUGA